AUGGCGCCACACGACGAACCCACCAAUACCGGAGAGUGUCAAUCUAUCGAAAAGAUUCAGGUCGAAUCCGCAACGCUCCACAGUCCGGUGUCGAAUCAGAUCGCGACUGACCGCGUACACGAUGAAAACGCGUCCGAUCAUGCCCCACGCAAGGAGAACUCACCUACAAGGCUCUCCCUGGAGAAUGCCGCGCGCAACAUUGACACGCUGAAGCACAACAUCGAGAUCCACAAGCGCCGGAACCAGAAGCUCGCUAGACGCGUGGAGGAGCUGGAGGGCCACAAAGACGAGAUGGAUGCGCAGUGCGAGAGGCUGGAAAAGGAGCGGGCGGCAUUGGAGAAGGAGAGGGAUGAAUGUAUGGCGAGCCUGGACACUCGGGGCGUCAUGCAGAAGGAGAUCGACACGCUGCGCUCUGAACUUGAAGCGACCGAGAACGCGAGGAAAGGAGCUGCAGAGGACAGAGCGCGCAUGGAGGGCGAGCUUGCGCAAUCCAACACUGCUCGGGCGGCGCUCAGUGUGCGCACUUCCGCUGCGGAGGCUCGCGCUGUUGCAGCCGAAGCGCGCGCAGGAGACGCAGAAGGACGUGCCAAGCAUGCUCUUGUGCGCACCGCCGAGGCUGAGGGAUGCGUGUUGGCCGCUCGCACUCGAGCGUCAGAGGCACAAGCUUGCACCUCCGCUGCUGAAGCGCGCGCGUCUGCCUGCGAAGACCGUAUCGUUCUCGCUGAGAAGCGCACCACCGUCGCGGAGACUCGAGCAGCUGCUAUUGCCGACGAAUUACGCAUUGCGACGGACGCUCUCGAGGCCGCGGAAAGGCAGGCAUCGCUGCAGGCGUCACGCGCAAUCACGGAAAAGCAAGAGCUUCUCCAAUCUCUGCAGGUUCAGUCCACCAAACUCUCUCGCAUCGAAGACGAACUUGCCAAGGCCACGGAUGAGCUGGCUCGAGCACAUAUGGAGAUAGGAAAGGUGAAGGACACCCUAGCUGGAAAGGAGGUGGAGAGGCUUGAGAUGCAAGCCGACUUCGCGGACCUGCGGGACCGGUUCAGCAAAUUCUCGUGCAGGCUAGGGUUCUCUAGUUCGGCACCCUCGGACAAUUCUUUGCCUUCUCAGCCUUCCCAAUUAGCUCCGAUUGAAGCGUCCACCGCCUCUGUCCACACGGAUAAUCAGCAACUGACAUCCGACGGUGCAUCUGCUCUCAGCCGACAGGAGACUCAGUCUGGCAGCAGUGGCGAAAAGGAGAAGCCCUUUCCAGCAAAGCAAGCCAGGAAACGCCCUCGCAGUCCUUCCACGGCAGCCUCGGGGAGCGAAGGUACUGCUUUAUCGACAGUUGAACGCCCUCGAAUACAGCGAAAGCGCGUCACUUCUGCCAGUGCUACCUCUAGCUCAUCCCCCUGUGGCGUGGGAGAUGCUGAAGCCGAGGGUGCGUGGGGCGUCAACCACGUCAAGGAAUGA